CUGUUCGAUUUCGAUCUCCCCCUUUGUUCUGUCCUUUUCUCCUGAAGCGAGCAAAAGGCGAUAAAUUUAGCCGAACUUCACUUCCGGCGAGAAUCGGAGGCCGAUACCCUUCUCGGGUUCUCUCCCUUUUGUAUUGGGUUUGUCUCUAUUGUUCUUAAUUUGGAAGAAGUUGUUGUCUUGUAACUUGUUCUCCCCCCCCGAGACAAAACAGAAGCCGAGUUCUACACCCACGAAGUAGCUGAGGCUUCCGUAACUAUACAGACAUCCUUAAUUUCGUGUUUUUUUUGUUACGAAUUUGGUAUGAACCGAAAAAAACGAGAACUCCCUGAAUCUCCCUCCAGCUCGGACCCUCCUCCUCCUCCUCCUCUCCGACACCAAAAACUCAAUCCCGAAGGUGAUUCUCAGUUUUUGGAUGAUGAAAACACAACGAACUUUACCCGAAGAGUAGCUGAACACUACAGCCGGAGGACGAACCAAACUUUGGAGGAGCGAGAAGCAAGUCCUAUCAUUCAUUUAAAAAAACUUAACAACUGGAUUAAGAGUGUCUUGAUCCAGCUUUAUGCUCGCCGAGAUGAUGCUGUUCUGGACCUUGCGUGUGGGAAGGGUGGUGAUUUAAUCAAGUGGGAUAAGGCGAAAAUUGGGUACUAUGUUGGUGUUGAUAUCGCUGAAGGCUCGAUAGAAGAUUGUCGCAAACGGUAUAAUGGUGAUGCAGAUCAAAAUCAACGUCGUAAAAAGUUCAGUUUUCCUGCUCGUCUAAUUUGUGGGGAUUGUUUCGAGAUUGAGUUGGACAAAAUUCUUAAAGAGGAUGCUCCUUUUGAUAUCUGCAGUUGCCAGUUUGCUAUGCAUUACUCUUGGACUACCGAGGAACGUGCAAGGCGAGCCUUGGAAAAUGUUUCAGCUUUACUACGCCCUGGAGGCAUCUUUAUCGGAACAAUGCCAGAUGCCAAUGUUAUAAUUAAAAAGCUCAGAGAAGCUGAAGAAUUGACGAUUGGUAAUAGUGUAUACUGGAUUCGUUUUGACGAAGAGUAUUCUCAAAAGAAGUUUAAAGCUAGUAGUCCCUUCGGCAUCAAGUACCUGUUUCAUCUAGAGGAUGCUGUUGAUUGCCCCGAGUGGAUAGUUCCCUUUCAUGUCUUCAAGUCUUUAGCAGAAGAGUACGAUUUAGAGCUUGUACUGGUCAAGAAUUCACAUGAGUUCGUGCAUGAGUACAUGAAAAAGCCAGAGUUCGUGGAACUAAUGAGGCGGCUUGGUGCCUUGGGGGACGGUAACCAAGAUCAGAGCACGUUGUCGGCGGAUGAGUGGGAAGCCGCCUAUCUCUACCUCUCGUUUGUCCUGAGGAAGAAAGGGCAAUGGGAUGGGGCUCAAGCGAGAGGGCGUAGUAGGAAGAACGGGAAAAUGCAUUUAAAAGAGGAUGACAUUUCUUACAUCAGAUCAAGCAGCGAGACUUAGUGUCUCUAACACAAAAAAAAAUGUUUCAUCAAGUGAGAAGAGACAUGUUCUUGUAAUCUCUCUUUGUUGUUGUUUUGGUCCGUUUUUAUAAUGUUUUUUUUUUUCAAUUUAAUAUUGAAUUUCGACAAAAUAGAUAAUAGAAUUGUGUCGGAAAGGAUUGGAAGAUGUACAUUUGCCUCGAACUAUCUUGAUGGCGUCAUUGUUAUAUUUCGUUUGAGGUCGAAAUGCAAACACAUGUAUCAAUCUCUCAA